AACUACAAAGAAGACCUGAAGGAUUUGUCUUUCUUCCAUGAGAAUGUCCUCCAAAAAAGUCUCCCGAUGGGAAUUCCUCCCUGGUCUGUUUCAUUUUGAAAGUUUAACAGGAAGUUCCUCUUCGUGACACUUGGCUGCUGCUGACUGUUGGUCCCCGCUGCUGUUGCCCGGUCUCCGGAGAGGAUUUACAUACCCUGAUUUCCGUGGGACUGGGGAGGGAGAGAGGAGGGUGGUGCGCCUUUCAGGAACUGAGGGGGGAACAUCGCAAAAGGAGUGUUUCCCCCCGGUCGGGAGGAGCACUGGGAGGUUUCUCGAAGGGGACGGAAAGCAGCUCGAGUUAAACCCGGUUUGAAGGGCCGUGGCCAUGGCCGGGGGAGGUGUUGCUGGUGGUGGUGCUGGAGGCAUUUCUCCGUUGGGGCCCUCGCCUCCGUUGUGGUAUCACCGGGACCUGAGUCGAGCCGCGGCCGAGGAGCUGCUUGCCCGGGCCGGGAGAGACGGGAGCUUUCUGGUGCGGGACAGCGAGAGUGUCAACGGGGCUUACGCCUUGUGUGUACUGUUUCAGAAGCAUGUCCACACCUAUAGAAUCCUACCAGACGACGAGGGAUUUCUGGCUGUGCAGACAUCACAGGGUGUGCAGCCUAAGCGGUUCAAGACGUUGCCAGAGUUGGUUUCAUUGUACCUGCAGCCCAGCCAGGGUCUGGUCACCACCUUGCUAUACCCUGUGGACAGAGAGGAGACGGCUGUCCCCGAUGACAGAGACUAUUCAGAUGGAGAGGACGAAAAGCCGGCCCUCCCCCCUCGGACCACAUCCACCUCUACUUCUCCUGGACCAGACACACCCACGGAAAGCGCUCCUGCGGCAAACGGUCUGAGCACAAUCUCCCAUGAGUACUUGAAGGGCAGUUAUGCUUUGGACCUUGAAGCUGUCAAACAGGGAGCCUCCUCCCUGCCUCAUCUCAACAAAACACUAGUGGCCUCCUGCAAACGUCUAAAUGGAGAGGUGGAUAAAGUUCUGUCUGGGCUGGAGAUCCUGUCUAAAGUCUUUGAUCAGCAGAGUGCUUUCAUGGUCUCUAAGAUGAUCCAGCAGUCAGUGAAUCAGGGUGGAGACCAAGAACUGGAGAAUUUGGUGACCAAGUUGGCAAUUCUCAAAGACCUGCUGUCUUCGAUAGAGAAAAAGGCUCUGAAAGCUCUACAGGACAUGAGUGCCUCUUCUCCGGGCUCCCCUCCUCCUCUUUCCAUGCGUCACAGCAAAGCCAUUCCUGUGCAGGCCUUCGAGGUGAAGCUGGACGUCUACCUCGCUGAGCUGACAAAGAUAGGAAAGAGCCAGAAGUUCACUUUAUCUGUGGAUGUGGAGGGAGGAAGACUGGUGGUGAUGAAGAAGGUGAAGGACAAUCAGGAGGACUGGACCACAUUCACACAUGACAAAAUACGUCAGCUGAUCAAGUCUCAGCGAGUGCAGAAUAAACUGGGCAUUGUCUUUGAGAAGGAGAAAGACAAGAUUCAGAGGAAAGACUUCAUCUUUGCCAGUGCCAAGGCCUGUACACGCAUUUUCACAAAUUCUAAGCGGGAGGCAUUUUGUCAGCUGCUGCAGCUGAUGAAGAACAAACAUUCCAACCAGGAUGAGCCAGACAUGAUCUCCAUCUUCAUAGGCUCCUGGAAUAUGGGCUCCGUACCGGCACCUAAGUCUGUGGCCUCUUGGGUUUUGUGCCGCGGCCUUGGGAAGACACUGGACGAAAUGACGGUCACCAUCCCUCACGACCUGUACGUCUUUGGAACCCAGGAGAACUCGGUGUGUGAGCGGGAGUGGGUGGAGUCCCUACGCUCGAUGCUAAAAGAACAGACAGAACUGGAUUAUAAGCCGAUUGCGGUCCAGACUCUGUGGAACAUCAAAAUUGCUGUGUUGGUGAAACCUGAACAUGAGAACAGGAUCAGCCACGUGGGGAUGUCCAGUGUCAAGACAGGCAUCGCCAACACGCUGGGUAACAAAGGUGCCGUGGGAGUGUCUUUCAUGUUCAACGGAACGUCAUUUGGCUUUGUGAACUGUCAUUUGACAUCAGGGAAUGAGAAGAUUGCCAGGAGGAACCAGAACUACCUUGAUAUCCUGCGGCUUCUGUCUUUAGGAGACAAACAGCUGAGCUCCUUCGACAUAUCAUUGCGCUUCACACACCUGUUUUGGCUGGGAGACCUUAACUACAGGCUGGAUAUGGAUAUACAGGAAAUUUUAAACUACAUUAACAGGAAAGAAUUCGAACCCCUGCUAAAAGUGGACCAGCUAAACCUGGAGCGAGAGAAGAAUAAAGUCUUUUUACGCUUUGCGGAAGAAGAGAUAUCAUUCCCUCCCACCUACCGUUACGAAAGAGGCUCCAGGGACACAUACGUGUGGCAGAAGCAGAAGGCCACCGGGAUGAGGACUAAUGUCCCAUCCUGGUGUGAUCGGAUCCUGUGGAAGUCAUACCCAGAAACGCACAUUGUCUCCAACUCCUAUGGCUGUACAGACGACAUAGUGACAAGUGACCAUUCCCCCAUAUUUGCCACGUUUGAGGUUGGCGUGACCUCCCAGUUUGUCUCCAAAAAAGGACUGCCGAAAUCUUCAGAGCAGGCCUACAUUGAGUUUGAAAGCAUUGAGGCCAUCGUCAAGACGGCGAGCAGGACCAAAUUCUUUAUCGAGUUCUACUCCACUUGUCUGGAAGAGUUUAAGAAGAGUUACGAGAACGACAGUCAGAGCAGCGACAACGUCAACUUUCUGCGUGUGAGCUGGUCCAACAAGCAGUUAACGACACUCAAGCCUCUCCUCUCAGAUAUCGAAUACCUACAGGACCAACAUCUGCUGCUAACAGUGAAAUCAGUGGAUGGAUACGAGUCCUAUGGAGAGUGUGUGUUGGCACUUAAGUCAAUGAUUGGCAGCACGGCACAGCAGUUCCACACAUACCUGUCCCACCGGGGUGAAGAGACGGGUAAUAUCCGGGGAUCCAUGAGGGUUAGGGUCCCUGCUGAGAGGAUGGGAACCAGGGAGCGGCUGUACGAGUGGAUCAGCGUGGACAACGAUGAGACAGGCGGACCCAAAGGGAAAUCCACACUGGUAUCCAGAGUGGGACACGAAUAUGUGAAGACCUCUGUAGUUCGUAAGCAGCUUGGAGAACUGGGAAAGGUCAGCGAGGAAGGAGAAAGGAGCAAGGAGGAAACUGCUGCAAGACCCAAACAAGAUGCGUCAGACGGCGAUUCAUCGAUCAGCAAGAACAGCUACAAUAAUCCUGCCUACUACAUUCUGGAGGGAGUUCCGAACCAAUCGGCCGCAGCUCUCUCUCCGGAGCUCCUCCCAACUAGUACCUCCGCAAACCCCUCCGCACCCAAAGCACCCCCUCCGUCAGUCGGGGCUCGAACAAAACCCUCCCCCGCAUCCUCACUGCCCCCUCACCCACGCAGACACUUAGCCGGACACCCGGCUCUUGGCGUGGGUGAGGAGGGAUCCUCAGAGGACGAUGGCGGUGCUUGCAUGGCAGGAGGAGGUGUCCCCGCAGCAGUCGGAAGCACUCUGAAUCGGCCGCCUCCAGACUUCCCUCCUCCCCCCCUACCUAAAGGAGCCCUGGAGAUGGUUUCUGAGGCUCCCUUCGCCAAACCUCGUCCUCUCUACCCCGAUCUGGCCGAGGUCAGGAUCCCCCCAGCCGGCCCUGGUGUUCCACUUCCCCACGGAGAGGGCUUUAGGCGGGGAGGGGGCGGGGCGGGGCCGCUGGACGAUCAGUCGUGCUCCGUGCUGCAGAUAGCAAAGACACUGAGUGAGAGUGAGUUUCCCGGACAGCCUCCACGAGCCCCCUCAGCACCACCUCAUCGGGGGCCACCGCUGGGACUGGGAUUAGAUGCCUGCCGCACCUUCCCUCCCAGAAACCCCAUCCCAGAGAGCAUCGCCGAGGACAUGCCAGAGGAGGCUCUUUGGGGAAGCAGCAGUUCAUCUUUGUCUGUGGGGGAAUCUUCUGUCGGGGAGUGGCUACAGAGACUGGGCCUGGAGAGGUAUGAGCAGGGCCUUCUGCACAACGGCUGGGACGACCUGGAGUUCCUCAGUGACAUCACGGAGGAAGACUUGGAGGAGGCCGGGGUGCUUGAUCCCAGCCACAAACAAAUCCUGCUGGAGAGCCUCAGACAACAGCAGAAAUAAAGAAAAAGAAGAGAGAAUUUAAAACUGGUCCAUAAUGGUCUUAGACCAGUCCAAACAGGCCUGGAACCAUUUCAGGUCCAAAUGGCCAAAUUGCAGCUGAACUGAACUGAACUGAACUGAGCUGAGCUGAAC